AUGUCAAAAUCGGAUAACUUUGAAAAAAUAAUUGUCAAUUGUGUCGACAAAACAAUUGAAUCAAUGCUUGUUAGUGAGGGUCCGGACAAAUCUAUAAUGCCAUUGGAUUACAUUUAUUUGAUAUACACUUUCGAUGAUUUAAUAUUCAAAAAAAUCAAGUAUUUGUUGCGGGAUUUUAAUGCCAAUUCGGGUAAUCGUAUAGCUUUAUGGCAAGGUUUCCCAUUAAUCCAAUGGAUUGACUAUAGAUUAGUUAGAAAACAUUAUCAACUGUUUGCCGAAUGUCGGUCAUUGAUUGCCGACCAACUGGUCGAUCGUUAUAAUCAUUUUGUUGGCGACUAUAGUAACGAUAGUAAUUGUUUUCUUAGCAAUAAUGAUGAUGACGACGGUAACCACGAGGGUAUUAUUUGCGAUACACUGGUCAGGGAGUAUAGUAAGGGCAGGUAUCGGCGGUCUAAAACUAAUUCAAUUCAAACUGACCACAAUUUGCGAACAACAACACAAUUACAAGCAAAUACCGAUUCACUGAUACAGUCGUCGAUGUUUAGUCUGAUAGUCGGCGGAGUCAACUCAUCGCAACUGGUCUUUCAAUGGCUGCUACUAUUGUUAGCCUAUUAUCCCGUUAGUCAACAAAGAUUACGAUCGGAAAUUAGCCGCAAAAUUGGCGACCGAUUGCCCAGACAUACAGAUAGACAUCGGUGUCAUUAUGUGAUGGCAUUUAUAGCCGAAACGUUGAGAUUUAGAAAUCCGGCCGCUUUUGGUGCACCACAUAAUACAUUGCGAGAAACAAAAAUUGAUAAAUGGACAGUACCCAGUGGUACGGUAGUUAAUUUUUUUCAAUCAUAUGUUUUACUUGAAGACAAACAUUUUCCAAAUGGCUCUGACUUCCUUCCCGACCGUUUUAUCGAUAGUGAUGGCCAUUAUCUAACAAAUCCAUCGCAUCCGUCAUUCAUACCCUUUGGUGUGGGACGUCGUCAAUGUUUGGGCAUCAAGUAUGCCAUCGCCGAAAUGUUUUUAGUUUUGGUCCGAUUUCUACAAUCGACUCAAGAUUAUGAUAUUGUUUUGGACAGUCAUAAUGGUAUACAACCCAAUCCUAUGGUUGUCGUUUAUUAA